GUUUCGGUUUGUUUGGAGGAGAAAAGAAAACGGGUCCAAACUGUUCAGGUUUUCAUCGACGUGGAAUACAUGGGUGUAUUUGAGGAGAUUGAUGCUGAUAGCAGUUCAGAUAUUGAAGUUGAUGACAUAAGGUCUGAGAACGUAACAGAAAAAGAGGUUAGUGAUGAGGAGAUUGAAGCGGAAGAAUUGGAAAGGAGAAUGUGGAAGGACCGUAUUAAACUCAAGAGGAUCAAGGAAAGGCAGAAGCUUGCUGCCCAGCAAGCCGCAGAGAAGCAGAAAGCGAAUCACAUCACUGAUCAGGCUCGGCGGAAGAAAAUGUCGCGAGCUCAGGACGGGAUUCUGAAGUACAUGUUGAAACUUAUGGAGGUGUGCAAAGCCCGUGGAUUUGUGUAUGGUAUAAUUCCUGAAAAGGGUAAGCCAGUUAGCGGUUCCUCGGAUAAUAUAAGAGCCUGGUGGAAAGAAAAGGUGAAAUUUGAUAAGAAUGGGCCAGCAGCCAUAGCCAAGUAUGAAGUGGACUGUCUUGCCAAGCGUGAGGGAGCUGGUAAGCAAAAUGGAAACUCACAAAGCAUUCUGCAAGAUUUGCAAGAUGCAACGUUGGGGUCUCUUUUGUCUUCUUUGAUGCAGCACUGUGAUCCACCUCAGAGGAAGUACCCAUUAGAGAAGGCUGUUCCCCCACCUUGGUGGCCGACGGGGAAUGAAGAAUGGUGGAUGAGAUUGCGGCUGCCCAAGGGUCAGAGCCCUCCAUAUAAGAAGCCACAUGAUUUGAAGAAGAUGUGGAAAGUCGGUGUUCUUACUGCUGUGAUAAAGCAUAUGUUGCCUGAUAUUGCAAAGAUUAGGAGGCUGGUUCGAAAGUCGAAGUGUUUACAGGAUAAGAUGACUGCUAAGGAGAGCUCAAUUUGGUUAGGUGUUUUGAGCAAUGAGGAAGCUCUCAUUUGGCAGCCUAGUAGUGACCAUUGGUCAUCUGGCAUAACUGAAUCACCCUCAGGUGCUCGUUGUGGGAAGAAGAAAUCAUCCAUCAGCAGUGAUAGCGAUAGUGACUAUGAUGUGGAUGGUGUCAAUAAUGACUUGGGCUCUGUUUCAUCUAAGGAUAACAUGAGAAAUCAAUCAAUGGAUGUGGAACCAUCUGCUCAUCCUUAUAAUACCAGCCCCCAACCUGGUAAGAAUAAAGAGCAAGGGGAGGAGCUACCUCGGAGAAAAAGACAAUGCUUGAGAUCAAACCCUACCGAUCAACAGGCUGCACAAGCUCUCAAUGAGCAGCCUCAUGAAAAUCUGAGAAACGCUUUGCCUGAUAUAAACCACUCUGAUGUAGAGUUAGCCAAUUAUCAAAUGCAAGACAGACAACAGCAAAAUGACGUGGUUACAGCUGUGAGGCCGCUGGAGAAAGAUCCCGAGGGCCAGUCCGGGUUACCAGCAUCUCAUUCUACUAGUUUUGCCACCCUUCCUGCUGCUGACGUGAUCCCCACAGAGAACAUGCCUAUGGGCAGCAGACCCCUAUUUUAUCCAGUGUUUCAAAACUCUGAGCAUGUACCUUAUGAUUCUCGGAUGUUUCAGAGAUCUCAAGAUUCUGAGUUGCAUCAGGAACCUCCAGUAUCUGGGCUGCAUAAAGAUCCUCAACUUUCUGAGUUGCAUAACGUAUCUCAAUUUGAACUGCAUUAUAGAGCUCAAAAUUCUGAUUUGCAUCAUGGACAACAAAGUUCUGGUUUGCACCAAGGCUGCACAUAUGGUUUCUAUAAUCCAUCGGUGGAAUUUGGCUCCAGUCGUGAUGGACAGCAGUCCCAGAUGGCAUUUAAUGAAGUCCAGAUUAGACUGGAGGAUUCUGGUGUCCAUUUGCCAUCUCUCAAUAGACAUGAAAAUUAUAUCACUGGAGGAGAUCUUCACCGCUUUGAUAAAGACACGUUUCGGGAUGAGCAAGAUAGACCUGUUGAGAGUCAUUUCGAGUCUCCAAUCAAUAGCCUGUCACUAGAUUAUACAGGAUUCAACAGUCCAUUUAUUGCAAUUGAGGGUACAAGUCCAUUAGAUAUCCCCGAUGUAGACUUUGUGCUUGAUGAUGACUUGGUACAAUACUUUGGGGCAUAAUCUCUUAGCUAUAAACCUUCAGAAUAAGAUUAUCAGAAAAAUUGCAACAUUAACUGUGAGCAAGGUGAUCAAGUUUUGGCAUUCAGAUGGAUUUGUUGCAAGUACUGUUACGAUCUUCUUUUGGUCCUUUUGGUCUCCAGAUUGUAAGUUAUGAACUCAAUUUUCCCAUAGUUCGAGUACCGUGAUGAAAAGAAAUGUCAUUUUUUGGGUUAAAAUUUGGCCCUAGCUUUUUGUAAAGCUGUAGAUCGUUGAGUAGUUCAUGUAAAUGAGUCUAUUUGUUUGAUUGAGAAAGCCGUAGAUUAAUAAUGGUUUGCUUGUUUCUUUGCAUAAACU